UCUUUUUCCCCUUCUCAUUUCGGUUUAUGCCUGUAUGACGUCUUCAGCACGUCCCUUUAUGCCAAUGUCUGAUGCAACAGGAUGGCGGUCAAUAAAGAACUCAACUACUCAACCAGGAACAGAUUCAUGUAGAACAGGCAACCCCAUUGACGAUUGCUGGAGAUGUGACCCUGAUUGGGAAACCAACCGAAAAGUGCUAGCUGAUUGUGCCAUUGGAUUCGGGCGCAAUGCUGUUGGAGGCCGAGAUGGCGACUUUUAUGUUGUUACAACUGAAGCAGAUGAUCCCAAAAAUCCUAGCCCUGGCAUGCUCCGCCAUGCUGUCAUCCAAGAUGAGCCUCUAUGGAUUAUAUUUGACCGUGAUAUGGACAUUAACCUCGACGAAGAACUCCUGAUGAACUCUUAUAAGACCGUAGAUGGUCGAGGACAUAAUGUGCAGAUAUCUAAUGGUCCAUGCAUCACUAUACAAAAUGUCACGAAUAUCAUUAUCCAUGGCAUUUAUAUACAUGAUUGUGUGCAAGCUGGAAAUGCUGUGAUUGCAGAUGGACCGAAUCAUUAUGAGUUGAGGGGUAUUUCAGAUGGGGAUGGAAUAUCAAUAUUUGCUGCUAGAGAUAUUUGGAUCGACCAUUGUACGCUGUCUAGCUGCCAUGAUGGACUUAUUGAUGCAGUGUUUGAAUCAACCGCGAUAACCAUUUCUAACAACUACAUGUUUAAGCAUAACGAAGUCAUGCUCUUGGGUCACAAUGACAAUUUCACCGCUGACGAGAACAUGCAAGUUACCAUUGCCUUCAAUUACUUUGGAGAAGGUCUUAUUCAGAGAAUGCCCAGGUGUAGGCAUGGUUAUUUUCACAUUGUCAACAAUUUAUACACUGGUUGGGAGAUGUAUGCAAUAGGAGGAAGUGCCAAUCCAACAAUCAACAGCCAAGGCAAUGUCUUCAUUGCCUCAAAUGAUGAUGAAACAAAGGAGGUUACAAAACGGGAGAGCCCAUUGGGAUAUGAGGACUGGAAAAAUUGGAAUUGGAGAUCAGAGGAAGAUCUCAUGCUCAACGGGGCUAGAUUUACUGCUUCAGGGCAAGAAGCUCCGGAUAGCUACACCAAAGCAUCUAGCAUGGUUGCAAGGCCAGCUUCAAUUCUCACAAAUAUUGUACCGUUUUCAGGAGUUCUAAACUGCAAGAUUGGCCAACAAUGCUAAAAUCUGCACAGCCUGUACAACUUCUUAUUGGGAUCAAUUUUCUCAAUUUUCUAACCAUGCCAAAAAAUAAAAGUAAAAAUGAAAAUUGUUGGUACUACCACCAAUAAAUA